AUGAACAACUCCAAACGACGUUCGGUCAGCUACGACACGAACAGAAUCAAACUCCCGUUUUCCCACAACAAUACGUCCCGUCUGCUGAGCAUAGACAGCGAAGGUGUUGUCAGUAAUACCACCGGACUUCGUACCGCAUCCGAUGGAGUCAUCUACGGAACCAGCAGUAUACAACAGCAGCAGCAACAGCAACAACAACAACAGCAGCAGCAACAACAGCAACAUCAACAACACCCCUACUUUCAUAAACCAACUCCACGUGGAAAAGACGAAUUCUUCAACUUUUCCCCCAUUGAGCCAACAGAAUCAACCAACUCGUUCAAACAAGUCAAGACGCAGUUUAGUUUCUCCGAAAACGACGACUCACUCCAUGAGUUUUUAAUAUCUCCCAUCAAGUCUGAUAUAUUCCCCUAUAGAAAACACUCCGAUGACACGACAAUAAGUCCCGUGCUUGAAUCUCCCGAAAACACAUUGAUAGAAUCGGCAUCUCCGCCAAAACUGGCUACCACCAGCCGAAAUUCAGGCUCAGUUACCGGAUCCCUCGGUCUGAUCAUUGGCAGUUACAACUACAGCAAAAGCUCCACCGAAUUGCUCCCUAAACACAAACAAUCGGAAAAUGAACAAUACGACCAUACUCGACAUAAAUCUGAAUCAUCCACCAUUUCCCAAGGUUCAACCACGUCGGUGCCUACUCCCAAGGAUAAACGGUUUGCGCGAUACGUCAACCAAUCCGUCAACAAUACUUCCAAAUGGCAGAUCUCCAACGUGUUGAAAUGGCUAGAUAUACACCAAUUCAACAGCUCGUGGAAGGAGACGUUCCGCAAGAAUGAAAUCUCCGGAAACCGGUUCCUCGAAUUAGAAAACUUUGAUAGAAACUCCAUGAUUUGGAAGCAGUUUAGCAAGUACUUGGACCUCGACGAUAACUUAAACAGUAUCGACCGGUUUAUUGAAUUGCUACGCAAGGAAAACAUGAAUGAACAAACCAAGGAACAUCGCAAGUCCAGUCCGAUAUUCCCUACUCCCAAACAGAAAUUGCCCAUGUCAGCUACUUCGUCCUCGACUUCGUUAAAGUACAUCCCGCCACAACGCCCGUAUUCUUACAUUGACCCAAAAGUGUCUAGUCAACUUCCAUCACCUUCGCACCACCUGUUUUUCAGAAAACACAAUAGAUCGACAUCCACCGACGGGAACAGUCCGAUAGUACCGAACUUUUCCAUGUCAGACUACAAGACCAACGGCAAGACCAAACCAGAUCUGAAGAAAGGGAUAUUCAGCUCAUUCCGAAAGUACGGUGGUGAUAAAGCCGCUGAUUUGGUCAAGCACAAACCUCAAAAGUUCCCCGUUAUAGACUCCUUGCCUGCACUCGAUGCCAACCCUGACUUUUUGCGGCCACACAACAGCUCCAUAUCCAGUAUCAGUCCAAUAUCGCCCAUUGAACGGGUUGACGAAAAGUAUUUACCAAAAGUCACCCACACCAAUGCUUCAAUCUUGAUUACUCAGGACAAUAGACAUUUCAUACCCAUGGUUAUCACAUCAACGGAACCAGAACACAUUCGUAAACGAAUCAGCCAGGAGUUGAAAUUAGAAGAAUACACGAUACAUUUGACCGAGUUCAAUGCCACUGAAGGUGCACCACUACCAGAUGAAGUCAUACCCAAAGCAAUCACUAACGGUAUGAACAAAUUCCUCAUCAAACAACAAUUCAAAAUGGAAAGACGAGACACAGGUGCAUCCUCGGAUUCAUUCGAACUAGAUAAGACAUAUCCUGCCACACCCCAAUACCUUCUUAACGAACUGAAGGCAGCCACAGAUUAUGUCAAUUGUAAGGAUUUACCUAGUAUUCGAGAAGAUCCCAAGCGACCAGUGCUUCAAGCUACACCACCAUUAGUCAUUGACACCAAUAUCCACCAGGAAAAGUCAAGCUCACCCUUGUCAGCCGGUUCACUUAAUUCAUUUAGAGUUAUACGAAGCCAAGGAAACGAAAUCAAUUUUGAUUUACGGAGAAAGUCUCCUUAUGAGUCGAAACCAAAGAGCAUUGCAAUGCCUGUCAAGGAAUUGCCCGAGAAACCACUAACCAAGAAGCCAUCGGUGAAGGUAAGUGAUAGUAUCAAGGCGAAACGAGUAGCACCGCCUCCACCGGGGGACCGUAAGAUCCAGAUCAAGAAACAGGAUUCGAUAUUGCGAGGAAGAUCAAGUUCGACCACGAGUUAUGUUUCCAAUGGGACAAAUAGUCUGAAUACCGAUACAUCAUUGCAAAAGAGCAAAGAUGACAGUUCCGAUGAUGACGAUUUCCUUGUCAAGUCGAUCAAGCCAAAGUUUGACCCAAAACCUGUUGCAUCCGAUGACGAUGACGAUGAUGACUUUUUCGUUAAACCAUUCAAGAAACCGAUAACCAAGAGUACCCCAGAGAAACCGUCGUAUACUAGAAACGCAGCAUCUCGUAUGAGCAUCCGGCCACCAGUUGAGGAAGUUUACUCCAAUUUAGAAAAAUAUUUCCCUCAUACCAAUUUAGAUAAACCUAUAAUUGAUGAUUCUCCGGCAUCACCCACUGAAGCUACCCUAACACGCAAGCCCACUAUUUCGAGAACGUUUUCCAAUGCCAAUAUUUCACCAGUGAAUCCCACACCCACACCACAGCCACAGCCGCAAGCAGCUAAACCAGAUAAUCAAUCGCUCGGAUUCAGACGGAUGAAGACAAUUAGAGUAGUUGCCAACGAAGCAAGACGAAAAGUACUCCAACGGAAGCAAAUCUCGCCACCCAACACAUUUGCUAAUAUCACUAGAGAAAAUAGCAUCAAACUUUCUCGAUCAAACACGAAGAUGUGGGGACAGCGAGUUAUCGAAGUGACAUCGCGUGAGAUUGAACAGGGGUUCGUGAGUAAACUACGUACUCGCAAUGGCAACUUCCAAGAGUUUGCUUGGAUAAAGGGUGAGCUAAUUGGAAGAGGAUCCUUUGGAGACGUAUACCUUGGAUUAAAUGUUACCACUGGUGAAAUGCUUGCUGUUAAACAAGUGGUGUACAACAGGUUAAACUUGAAUGGGAUUGAGGCAUUACAUAAGGAAGUGGAGACCAUGAAGGAUUUGAACCAUGUCAAUAUCGUGCAGUAUUUAGGAUACGAACAAAAGAAUAACGUGUACAGUUUGUUCUUGGAGUAUGUGACUGGUGGGUCGAUUGCCAGUUGUUUAAAGAGUUAUGGUAAGUUUGAAGAGGUGAUGGUGAAGUUUAUCACCAAGCAGGUGUUGCUAGGUCUCGAGUAUCUUCACGAGAACAAUAUCAUUCACCGGGAUUUAAAAGCUGAUAAUUUGUUGCUUGAAAUCGACGGGACGUGUAAGAUAAGUGAUUUUGGGAUCAGCAAACGGUCAAGCGAUGACAUCUACAGUAACAAUGCCAAUAUGUCGAUGCAAGGAACGAUAUUCUGGAUGGCACCGGAAGUGAUAGACAGUUUAGUUGAGGGAUACAGUGCCAAGAUUGACAUUUGGUCGUUGGGAUGUGUGGUAUUGGAGAUGUUUGCUGGAAAAAGGCCAUGGUCGAAUGAAGCUGCCAUCAGUGUUAUUUACAAGACCGGCAAGGAGAAGUUGGCGCCACCUAUUAGUGAAGACAUCAAGAAGUGUGUGUCGUCACAAGCAGUUGAUUUCAUCAACAAGUGUUUCACGAUUGAUCCGACAGAACGACCAACUGCUUCACAGCUACUCACCCACGAGUUUGUGAAUUCCGACUACGAUUUCAGUUUUGAGACUACAAAGUUGGCUGAGAUUAUCAAGUUUAAUAGCAGACGUAUGUAAGUAAGUAAGUAAGUAAGUAAGUAUGUGUGUAUGUACAGGAGGGAAAGAUCUAGUUAAUCUUCAAUUCGUUUAUACGUAAAACCGUUUGGAAGUUUUCCACUUGGAAAGUCUUGACUCUUCUUUGUCUCUGUUUUGUUCUUGUGACUUGGUACUUUGGUUCUCGUGUGAUUUCAACAACGUUGGCCUUUAGCAGGUACAAGCUGCUGUCGAUCCCAUUUGGUUCAGUGUAUGUGUAGCUUGGACUUCCUAAGGUGGUGACAUCGUUCAAGACUAAUUCGUCUCCGAUUUCUGCGUUCUUGAGCUUAUAGUUCAAGUAGAUCAAGUCUCCCUUGGUUACCAAGUAGGGCAUGUUGUGAAGUUUGAAGAUGGCGUAUAAAUGUUGAUUCCCAUUGGAGUUAAUUUUCAAGGACGAAAGUGGGGACACCGCUGUGGUUGCUUGUGCGGCGGAUUGUGUAGCUGUGGAGUACAUGCGAGGGAGCAUACGAGGGAGCAUGCGAGGAACCACACAUGGUCUCAAUGACCUUAUGGAAGCGAACAUAUUUGGUAUAGCACUUGCUUAUCCGUAUUGGC